UUCUGUUCCCGAAAGAAAGUCGCGGCGGUUGCUCUCUUCUAAGCUUAGUGGUGCUAAUUGUUAGUGGUUGCCGGGUGUGCUGGAGAAAGAAAAAUGCUAGACUACUCCCUGAAUCGCCCGAAGCCACCGGAAACGUUGAAGCAGAUGCUGCGUCGAAAGUGGGACGAGUGCUACCUGCAGUGGGAGAUCUACACCAUGACCUACAUAUUCGAGCCGUGGGAAAAGUGCAUCAUCAAUGGUGUCAUUUUUAGCAUCCUUGCCCUUCUCAUCUUCUCCAGCUACGUAUACCUGCCGAGCUACACCGAGAAGCUGAUCAACGCCUUCAUGCCGGCCGGGAAUGAGAUCACGCUGGACCUGAUGGAUCACCAUCACCAGCAACCGGUAGACUACGGUGUGAACUGAGUUGAAUUGUGUCCUACGCCAGCGGCGGAAAACAAGGAUGUCUUCACAAAGCAGUUUAUAUUACAGGAAGAGAAUAUACCAAUCAGCGAAGCAAAAAAAGUAUCUCGCAUUUACACGGAUAGUUAUUCGAUAACAAUGGGAACUAGAAUGGCUAUUAGAAAGUUCUGGGGUAGUAUUUUAAUGUGUGAAAAGCGGAAAAGCUAGAAGGGAGCUUAAAAGACAUUACUCUGUUCCAGUUGCAUCACAGUUUUCAAUCAAUUUUGUUAAUUUUCCUACUAACAAAAAAUUGUUCUUUCAAUCUCUCGCUUCUAGCUGAAGUAAGUAGUAAUGUAGGACCGGAGUCGCCAGACGACGAUGGGAUCGGAAAUUAGGGCUGUUUUUGUCUGUAGAUAUAGCCGAUAGUUGUUUGCUAAUCAUUUUUAUACUAAAUCUUUAAACACAAAUUCGUCUAUAAGCGGGAAGCGUUUUAUGAAAACGCAUUCCCUUUCAAUUAUACCUACUAUAAUUGCAUGAUUUUUAUCCCUAAUCUUUACAAACUCCGAAAUUUUAAAAUAAAAUCUUUUUACUACAACAAUUAAA